AUGACCUCUCAGACACCGAGUCGCAAGCAGACUCGUGGCGCGUCAAAGACAGCAGUAGCCAAACUCUCCUCGCCUUCAAGCACGAAUAGCAGUUCGAAUUUCCAUCCACGACGCAACAAAUCCUUCUUCACAAAGAAGAGGAAGAGCCACACAGGCAAAGUGUCAACAACACCGGGAACCCUCAUCCGUAUCUCUCGCUCGUUUCCCUCGCCGAUAUCCCUCGCCGGCAUUCCUCGCCGUCACCGCUCACCAGUAGCGAUUGAGAGAAGUUCAUCAGUGGGAUCUAGACUCCAAUUGAAAAGCCAUCGUAUAUUCACAAUCCAGUCCUCACCCAUCUCCAGUCCCCAAAACCUCGCGAAUCACUUCCCAACCUCCCGUCAACCCCAAGCCGAGACUCCAACCACCAACCCUUCAAAAAUGCCGCGCAACAUCCUGUCCAUGGCACUGCUCGUCACGGCCGUCCAAGCCGUCGCGAUCGACCUCUACAACGACUCUGGCUGCAAUCUCUUAUACGAAUCGCUCGACACCCCCUCAAACGCCGGCUGCACCAGCCUCAACGCCAACGGCGAAUCUAUUCGAGGCGUUGUCCUCAAAGGCGGAUUCACGUCCUCGUGUUUCCUCUACUUCUACUCGGACGCGAGUUGCAACGAUCACCAGCUCUUGCUUUCGCAAGCGAACGCAGACAGUACGUAA